GCCGUGACGCAGCCGCGCGGUGACGCCCGAGCGCGCAGGAACGGACGGGAGCAGCAGCCGCCGCCAUGUGCGACUUCUCGGAGGAGCAGACCGCGGGUGAGUUUUAGGAGGCGUUCCAGCUCUUUGACCGCACGGGCGAUGGGAAGAUCCUGUACAGCCAAUGCGGGGACGUGAUGCGGGCGCUGGGCCAGAACCCAACCAACGCCGAGGUCAUGAAGGUGCUGGGAAACCCCAAGAGCGAUGAGAUGAACGUGAAGACGCUGAGCUUCGAGCAGUUCCUGCCCAUGAUGCAGACGAUCGCCAAGAACAAGGACCAGGGCUGCUUCGAGGACUACGUGGAGGGGCUGAGGGUUUUUGACAAGGAGGGCAACGGCACCGUCAUGGGGGCUGAGAUUCGCCACGUCCUCGUCACCCUGGGUGAGAAGAUGACGGAGGAGGAGGUGGAGCAGCUCGUGGCCGGGCACGAGGACAGCAACGGCUGCAUCAACUACGAAGCCUUUGUGCGACACAUCUUGUCAGGGUGACGCCGCAGGGGUAACGCCUCCCCCCGCCCCCUCCUCAGUUACUUCCAG